AUGGAGUAUUAUUGUUGGGUGACGGCCGGCGGCGAUCGAGGUGUUGAGGCGGCAAUGGGAGUCAGCGAUCAAGGCGUUGAGGUGGAAACGGCGGGCGGCGAUCGAGUCGUUGAGACGGCGACGGCGUUCAGCGAUCGAGCAAAAGCUCCGAUUCCACCAAAGUGGCGAAACGAUAAUUGGAUCGAUGAUAUGCUGAGUUCAGAUCGAGUGAUGAGUUAUCUCAUUGAGGAUUCCAGCUUGAUGAAUGCGGAAUGUAGUGGUAGAAAAUUCAUCGAACAAUCUUACUGUGCCACCAAAUCAACGCAAGGUCACAGUUCUAUUGUUGAUCCGCUGCAAUCAGAUAACCAUAUCAAUGAGUUGGAGGAUUAUGUGAUGCUGGAUGAUGCUUUGUGCAUGGAAGUUACAUCUGCUCUGAGAAAAUGUGGAGAAGAUAAUAGCAACAAUGAAUUGGGAGUUGAUAAUGUGAUGGUGGAGGAGGAUGCUUUGCGCAAGAAAAUUUCAUCUGUGACGAAGAAUAAUGAUUUGGCUGUUUUUACUUUAGUUGGCAAGACUGCAAGAAGUGAGAAAGAAGCUUAUGACUUGUAUAAUGAUCAUGCCCGAUUGAUUGGUUUUAGUGUGAGAGUGGGAAAACAGAAGUUUAGAGGUAAGACUGAUAAAGUUAGGAUGAAGAAGUUCUGUUGUAACCGCGAAGGAUACAAGAGAUCCAGUGGAAAUGGUGAUGUGUGCCAUGAGAGGAUUAAUUUUUGGUGUGGGUGUCCAGCUUAUAUCCAUUUUAUUGUUCACAAAGAUGGGUUGUGGACCUGUACAAAGCAUCUGGUUGAUCACAAUCAUGAUCUUGUGUCGAAUGAAAUGAUUGGACUUCUUUUAUCUCAACGGGAAGUAGAUGAAAAUGAUAUGAAGAUAAUCAGAGACAUGACAAGGAGUGGCAUCCCUUUGGUUGAUGCAUAUAAGUUUGUGGCAAAAUUACACGGGGGAAGUUCGAACAUGAAGUAUACUUUGAGAGAUGCCUACAAUUAUGAGCGUCCUAGUGUUGGAUUUGAAGGUGCCGUGAGGGGUGAAGAUCUACGUUGUAGCCAGGGAAACAUCGAUUCAUAUCUUCCUGGUGACCCUUUCCUGGAGAGCAUUCGCAGAGUGUACACAGUUGAAGCAUUUCGGGAGGUUCAGCACUUGUACACAGUUUGA